AUGGCGUUUCGCGCACGCUCAAUCAAAGCUCUAAUACGCAACCGAGGUAACGGAACAGAGGGGCAGAGAGUCACAGCAGCAUCAGUGUCCGCCGGGAAUGAGCCCUGCUCGCUGUUAACAUCAUCUCAUGGAGCCAGAGUUUCAGAUGGAGCAGAUUCUGCAGACCACUGGAUAAAACGCGCGCUGCUUCCCUUCUCUACAGAUUUUUCUAUUCGGUCAAUCAUGGGUAAGAAAGUCCUGCAGUGUUUUCCCUGGUAUAAACGCUGUAAAGACCGAGGUAAAGGCAGGUUAUGCCCUCCUCCGCCUGUACCAUCUGUCGAGGUGCAGCCUGUCUUUUCUCCAACAGUCUCCUGGGGAUACGAUGGAGUGGAAAGCGUCACACAUCCCGUCUAUUUCUCCCAUAAAGCACGAGUAGUUUAUCGCCACCAGAUGGAUGGCAAUAUCAUUGAUGCCACCUGCUGACCUCUGGGCUCCUUUCCCAGAAUCCUCCGCCUUGUACCUGACUCUAGACGAUCCCAAACAAUAGUGUAGGAGCCUGCUAGACUCUUGAACUAAACCUGUUGUAUUUAGUGAAGAUGUCACAGUGUUUUCUGUCAGGUCCGGCAUUCACCUGUCUUGUUCUUAUACUGUUGGAAUAUAAUGAAAUGUUUUGAUGGAGACAGAGUGAUGAAUGCAGACUCUGGGCUGGUUUUGUAAGUGUUUGUAAGUGUAUGGUGGAUGUGUGUUUUGUAUGAUUAUCUUGUCCUGGAUGUAUGAUUUCUCUGUCAUUUUUAUUUUUUUAGAUGGAAACAUAAUUGGUUUUUCAGAGGUUUAUGAAUGUAUUCAGGUAAAAGAGUAAGGAUUUGUGUGAAUAACUGGAAUUAUAAUAGAACAUUUUUAGUAAUUAUAUAUUUUGGUUUCUUAAUGUCCAAUUAUGUUAAAAGCAGAUUGAGUCUUUAAUAAAAGAGUUUAUUGUUAUUUUA